GCUUUAGGGGGUGGCAGCCGGGCGGAGCCUGAAUCUGAAGCGGAACAUGGAGAGAAGUUGGGGCGGCAGUCGAAUAGGGUGGGCGACGAGAGCCGGAGACUGGAAUCGCCUGUCCUGACGCUCAUAUUCGCGAGGGUGGUUGGCCAGAGUUUCGGCAUGGCUGAUUUGAGUGCAGAAAUAGGAAGAACCAUCUGUAUGGUAAGCCAAGGCCGAACUCCUUUUCAUGUCCCGGAACAAUUCCUCCACUCCUUCUUAAAUGGAUCUAGGAGGCUCUCCUUUUCACAUCACUGAAGGCCAGUGGACUCUUCUUGCCUGCCUGUAGUGGAUGAAGAAGAUCACCUGCAAAGGCUCUACUGUGACCAUCAUGGCCACAGUGCAGACCUUGCCUUUCUCCAUUGAAUCUGCCACUGAAGGCGCUUUCCAACUGUGUGCUAGUGCCAGCUCAUCCCCUGCAGACAUGGGAAGUGUCAGUAGCCUUAUUUCAGGCCGGCCUUGCCAUAAGGCCACAUCUGAGUUUGGUGCUUUCCCCCUGCGUGGAAAUGCUGGCUCCCAAGAGCUUCUGUGCCAUGGACUCCCUACCAAGAAGAGCAGCUAUGCUUAUGGCAAUGAAGAAGAUUGGGCUGAAGCUGUAUCCCCCAUCAGCCCCUGUAGUGAUGCAGAAGACCUGCAGGAUGACAAGCCACGGAGUAGCAUCCUCCGUGGACCACCUCCCAAAUUGGUCCCUGUUUCAGGGAAACUUGAGAAGAAUAUAGAAAAGACGCUAAUUCGCCCCACAGCCUUCAAGCCAGUUAUGCCCAAGAAUCGCAACCUCCCACUGCAGAGCCACUUGGUUCUGCGUCCUGGGACUUCGGUGCUCUCUGAGAGCCAAUCCAGCCUAGCCCAGCUCUUUGGUGCCAAUGCUGUAAGCACUACUGAGAAGCUCAGUUCUUUGAGCUGCCGUACCAGCUCCCACUCCGGGACAAUGUCAGACUCUGGGCGUAAUUCCCUCUCCAGCCUUCCCACCUACAGCACUGGGGGCAGCCAGCAAAUAGAGCCAGUCAGUAUCUCCAUAGGCCAUGCUAAUCUUGACAGCCACGGCAGCGGCAGUUCACGCGGUCUUACCGGCCCAUCAAAUUCAGACAGUGGGCGGUCAUCCUCAAGCAAGAGCACGGGAUCCCUGAGCGGCCGUGGGCAUCCUUCCUCUGACAGUGGCUCCUGUGGGGGGCGGUCCCCUAUGCACAAUGGCACGGAUGAAGCCCUUCUUGUCCAUGAACUUGAAGAGAAGCUGAAGGAGCGUGAAGCUGAGCUGCAGCAUUUAAGAGAGAGUCUGGAUGAGAAUGAGGUGGCCAUUUGCCAGGUAUAUGAGGAAAAGCAGAGGCGCUGCGAAGAGGAGAUGGAGGAGCUCCGCCAGGGCUUCAGUGCUAAGCUGCAGCAAUCGACCCAGAAGGCUCAGCGUAGUCAGCAGGUGUUGCAACUACAGAUUUACCAGCUGCAGCAGGAGAAGAAGAAACUCCAGGAGGAUUUUGUGCAGCUGCUGGCUGAGCGUGAGCUGCUGGAGCAACGCUGUGCCACCUUUGAGCGGGAACACACCGAGUUGGGCCCCCGCUUGGAAGAGACCAAGUGGGAGGUUUGCCAGAAGUCAGGUGAGAUCUCAUUACUGAAGCAACAGCUGAAGGAGUCUCAGGCAGAGGUCGUGCAGCGGGGUAAUGAGCUAGUGUUACUAAGGGCCCAACUGAGAGAAGCACGGGCUGAGCUGCAGACGAGUGAAGAACAGGCCUUGAGUUUGCAGGAGAUGGCCCGUACCAAGGCAAUGGAGUUAGAAGUAUGUGACAAUGAAUUGGCCAGGCGCAAGAGUGAAGCUGAGCUGCUACGUGAGAAGGUAGGGCGGUUGGAGCACGAAUUAGAUGCCUUGCGCAGCACUAGUGGAGAACUCUGCCCCCUGUUGGCUGAAUGUGAUGAGGUAAAAGCUCAGCGACAAGCUGCGGAUACCCUGCAGGGUUUGCGUGCACAAACUGAACGGCUGCGCACAGAGCUAUUGUGUGAGCGACGCCGUGGGGAGGAGCAACGGGAAGUUUUCCAGGCUGAGCGUAUCACUUGGCAAAGUGAGAAGGACAGGGUCAUCCGCUACCAGAAGCAACUGCAGCAUAAUUACAUCCAGAUGUAUCGGCACAAUCGCGACCUAGAGUGCCAAUUACGCCAUCUCAGUCUUGAACUUGAGGCCCGGGACAUGGAUGAAUAUGAGCUGCAUGGAAGUGAAGGCAUCUGCUUGGAAGAGAUAGCAGCUACUGAGAUCUGAACAUGCCUGUGGAAGCCAUAGUAAAUGGGCCACACUGCCACAAAGGGAUACUGGCCAGGCUGGAGUAUGUUUCUCUGGGAUUUUGUCUGACUGAGCAACUGAGAAUACAGUGAGCCUCAGUUCAGUAGUGGAAAGAGAUACCUUUCCAGUCAUAAAUCCCAGUGAUAGAACUUGUUCCAUCACUUAAACUUGGUCAUGAACUCUCAGUAAGUCAGUAGUUUAAAGGCUAUUAAAAAUAGAAUAGUGUGUGAAGCCAGGCAGCUUGUCUUAACUCUAGGAGGUAUAGGAAGACCUGGUUAAAGAUUUCCUGGCCAAUCUAGGAGGAGGAGAAUCCAAAUCCUUCCUUUGAAAGCAGCAGCAGCAGCCUUUAUUCCAGAAUUUCACUGGAAAUGAAGCAGGAAUAGCCUUUGCUUUUGGAAGAGGCUGUUAAAUGCUGCUGCUUUUCAAGUCCCAGUGUUAAUUGGCUUUCCAUAACGACCUUGGGAAUCACCGCUUGCCUCUUGCUCUUUGGGCUGGUUGGAGAUGAGAGUAGCAUGGAUGGGAGUGCCAGGAUUGUGUAGAGCACUUUUGCCUCUACUCUGCUCCUCUGUUACUUUUAUGUAAUGACCCAAUGGGACAGUCAGCCACCAUUUGCUGAAUUUGGAGAGAUUUGGCUGUUCAACAGCUAAUUAGCUGCUAAUCCAGUUAGAUGCCGGUUUUAGGCUGGCUGAGGAAGCUUUGCCUAUAGAAGGCUUUUCUUGGAUUUUUAGUCCACUUUUCUGCUCUUAUGUGAAGUAUAUCUUUUUUUAAAGCCAAACACAUAAAUGCAUACAAUCAAAACCUGUACUAUGGACCCUGUUACUGUACAGAUGAAAUACAUUUGCAUUUAUUUCCUUUUUUUGCACAUGCAUCCUGUAGUUAUGAAGGCAAGGACCUUUGUAGGCAAUUGUUUGGCCAAUAGAUGAUGUGGGCCAAAGAAUUGGGGAUCUGGGCAUUAGUCCAAGCUUAUUUCUUUUUAUAGGAUAAAAAUACUAAUAAAGUGUACUAGGUUCAAAGCUGAUUCUCAGGAUUCUAAAUUCUGUUAUUUUUAAAAGCCAAGAAAGAAUUGCGGAAUAUAUGUAGUCCUUCGGUUUCUCCCACAUAAAGCUUUGUAGGAAGACCCUAUGCUAAAUUUCUUUUUAAAGGGAAAGGAUAUUGACUCCAGUGCUAUAGAAACAGAGACCUAGUCUCUCUCUCUCUCUCUCUCUCUCUCUCUCUCUCUCUCUCUCCUUUCCCCCAAACAUAUUGCUGCAUCUAUAUUAUAGACUUACCUGAGAGUAAGACUGUUCAACUCAGUGGGACUUGCUUCUCGAUAGGCAUGUAUAAGAGUGUAUUAUAAAAGCCAAAGAUACUUAAAACAGACUCAGGAUCCAUUUGGCUAUCCCAGGAGCCUAUCUCUAGAUUAUGGCACCAAAAUUUGGCAGAUAAAAUGUUGAAUUCAGUGUCACUAGAUUUUGUGCGCUUAUUUUACUUUUUUUAAAAAAUAAAUCCAGAAUAUCUCUUCCCCUCAACCCCCCAAGCCAGCUCUAUACCAAAUAUUUUGCCUCCACUCUUUCUGUUCCCAUUACUUUAUCAUCACUGCCAUCAUCCCCCUUCUUGAAGGGUGAGUUUUAAAACAAACCUUAAGUAGAGCAAACUUAUUUGCUGUGAGGGGAUUACUUUCUCUAAUUUAUCUUUUCUGUCCUUGGUUGGAAUGCUACUCAGAGUGUCUUUCUCAUGACCCUGACUGCCUGGAUAUGUCUCUCUCGCCAGUCCCCUUCAUCCAGCCUCUACCUGUUUGGCCAACAACAUCCAUGUCCUGUUUAUUUGAGGAUCAAAGAUGGCUGAGUUUAAAUCUCCUGCAUUUCCCUGAUAGUCUUGUUUCCGUCUACAAUAUCCUCUCUAUUUCCGGAAGCUCAGUUUCCCAGGCAUCCAAAUUCCCUUCCCAUCAUUUUUGCAAGAUCUGGUCUAGUCUGAACCAUGAUCAUUGUGAAGUCCUACAAAUGUUUGCAGGACAGUCCAUCCUGUUGGGGUACAGUAACUACUUGUCUACUUUUGUAAUCUGUUCAGGACUAAUUGCAUACCAGAGUAUGGUUCCUAGUCUGUGCAGCUGCCUCUCCUUUAAAGCUGUCCAUGCAUCUGUACUCAAAUCAAGUUUAUUGAUUGCAUUUGGAUAGAAUAACUUCAGUGGGUAACUCAGUCCAGACCUACUGUUGAUUUCCUACCCUCAUAGGCCAGUGACGACUGCAAGGAGCUCCUUUCAAAGAAAAGGAGUUCUGUUUGCAGAGGGUAAUGUGGACCCACCCAGACUUCUACAAAGAAAAAUGUAGGGGCUAGUAGAUUGUUAAUUGACGUCCUCUCUUUGUCUUCCAGUGUACGUUCAAGAGAAAAAUGGUCAGUGAAACAGGGUAAAUCAGAAUUGAGGACCGCAGAAAAGCCAUUCCCAAAGGAAUUGGGCUGACAAAAUAGCCAGUGCUCUCUUUCCUGAAGAGACAUGAGACCUCUUUUCAGGCUAAGUAAACAAACUUCCUUGGGGUUAAAGAGGCUGCAGAGAUUUGGAUCAAUGGGUUGAAUAAAGGGCCCUCACAACAGGUUUUAUAUUUUGGUUCCAACCCAUGAGAAUCAAACCAGACAGUGCCAGGCAUGCUCACUAGGUCAGCUUGGUUAGAUUUUGUUAACCUUUUUCCUAUGGCUAUAAAAAAGGAAACUGCCCAGAAUUGGUGCUUUGGCUGGGAAACAGCCCAAGUGCAGCAUACUGUAGUUUUGUCAUCCUAUUUAGGCCAUUCCGGGAAGAGUUACCAUAUUGCUAGAAUAGAGAGCAGCUGCUUUCUGCUAGCUUCAUGUAACUUUUGCUUCAGGUCCUCUUGUUCUUCUUCACGCAAAAAUGAACAGAUAGAAAAAUUUGUGAAGGGUGUAGCCCAGCUAGAGUUUGGGACUAUUUGCAAGAGGAUGAUGGCAUUUAGCUACACUCUGAAAAUUCUGUGCAUUCCAAGAGAAGAGGCAAUCUGAGUUCACUUCUGGACAUUGUUCCCUUUUGCCCACUGUUAAGAGAGCUUG